AUGGCGCGAAAAUCUAAAAAGUGGACUGAGGUUCUCCUCAGGAAGGCGAUUGGUGACGCUAUCUAUAGUCGUUAUCUACAAAACCAGCCAAUCGAUCGGGAAGCCAUCAAGACAAAAUACUUGAACAAGAACCCGAAUCAAGCAGAUUUUAUCAGAGCAUUUGUGGACAGCUACGCGAGUCAACUCGAGUUAAUGUCGAGAAGCGACAAUCGAAUCGAAAUCGAAGGAUCAGCUCAAGUCCAAAGCAUACCGUUGCCCAUUCCCACUCUUUCACAGCGGUCUCAAGGUCAGGCCCAGCAUCCUGUAUCAUCCGAUAGAGGUCAACACUCUCAUGGCCGUCUCGACGCAGCCCUCGAUAACUUUGAGGCAGCAAGCUUGGUCAUUGACAGUGAUAUCGGCCGCAUAUACAAUAGCCGUCUACAAGAAUUCAAAGAUCACCUUGCCGGCAAUCUCCAUAGGAGGGAAACGGGGACCUCUCAGUCCUUCCCCUCCCUAGAGAUACAGUGGCAAUUUUUGAGCUUUAUUGAAGACCAAAGAGAAGAGGCAAUGAAUGAUGUGCUCAAUGAACAUGCCAUCCUAGUAUCUCCCUUGCUAGAAGGGCUCGGAUAUUCUUUGCCUUCUCAAUGUAUGCUGCUCGGAAAUAUUGUCAGUGGGAAUGAAUUAUCAGAUUGCAGAGUAAUGUUGAAUGCGAAUAUUCCAUUUUCUGCCUUUGUCUGCGGCGUUCAAGGGAGUGGCAAGUCGCACACCACGGCUUGCAUGAUCGAGAAUUGCUCUAUGAGUCUGCCGGAAUUGGGAACCCUGAACCAGUCUAUAUCGACUCUUGUGCUGCAGUUUGACGAGUAUACAUCAACAACGAGCUCACAGCCCAGCGAAGCCGCCUUCCUAGCCAGUGCUCUACCGCAAUAUGCUCAUGAACAGCCGGUCCCACUGCGUGUCCUUGUCUCUCCAACAAAUCUUUCUAAUCUCAGGGGCAUGUACUCCCAGAUUCCCAAUAUCGAGAUUCAGCCGUUCAAGAUUCACCCUAAGCACCUCAACAUAAGCAUGAUGUUGUCGCUUAUGUCUGUUUCUCAAUCUGGCGGUAUCCCCCUCUACAUGGCACAGGUUGCUCGGAUCCUUCGGGAAAUGGCGAUGGAAAGCGGCGGCUACUUUGAUUAUUCUGACUUCAGGAGCCGUCUGAACAAACUCAAGCUUGGCCGUUCUCAGACACCUUUUCUAUAUCAAAGAUUAGAUCUGCUUGACUCUUAUCUCGACCAUUCUGGCACGGGCACAAGUGACUACUUUAUUGACGGCGGUGUCACUAUCUUGGACUUGUCGUGCCCUUUCGUCGACCAAGGCACUGCUUGUAUUCUAUUUCGUAUCGCCAUCGACUUGUUCCUCUACGCUCACCCUUCCCGAGGAAAGAUGAUCGUAGCUGAUGAGGCACACAAGUAUAUGACCGAUACAUUCGCUGCGAAGGCGCUUAUCGAGACUUUCCUAACUAUUAUCCGCCAGCAACGACACUUGGGAGUGCGUAUAAUCAUUUCCACGCAAGAGCCGACGAUCUCACCCCAGCUGAUUGACCUCUGCUCGUUGACUAUAAUCCACCGAUUUACGAGCCCUGAAUGGUACAAGACAAUCGAAAAGCAUGUUCCGAUGGGUGGUGAACUAGCUCCACAUCAGGCCGACAGUGCUAGAAAAGGUCUCUCUCGAGUUGCCAGGCUCCGAACUGGCGAGGCGAUUGUGUUCGCUUCAUCGGCGCAUCUCGUUGGAGAGGAUGGCAACAUCAUGAAUACGCAGCAUGAAACAUUCAAAGUAAUGAUUAGGAAAAGGAUUACAUGGGAUGGUGGACGGAGCAUUGUUUGCAUUCGCUAG